GCUUCAGUCUAUCGUCUUCGGCCGACUCGAGCGGACUGGUUCCAUCUCAGACAGUUGCGACAGCUACAAUUUCCUUUUACACAGUGGGUGCGUAGACAAGCAAUCAGUGUUUUAUGUUCCCGAAAUUGAGAGACUCGAAGCGAAGUCGAGCGAAUAGACAUUACGACAACGGAUAUUAAGCAAAAAGCUAGCGGGUGGGGGGGAAUCGCCAGCUUUUUAUUUAUGAAGCGGUUGUGUCCUCUGUACUAAGACGUUUUAUAGUGCGAUUUACGCGUAAGUUCUGUUACGAAUAGGCUCGCGUGAGACCGUGCGUGCGUAGUUCGCGCCACCUGUUUAAUGUUUUUUUCGGUCAAUUGAACUGGACCAGCGACGAAGUUGGUGACCCAUAUACGCAUUUGAUACUGAGAUAUGUGAGUUGAAGAAAUGGAAUCACGUCCUUAUCUAGUUUGACGCGAGCGAGUGAUGUCUUGCAGUUUGUGCCCGUCGACCCAGAUCUGUCCGGACGAUAACAAGCGAAACGCCGGAAGCGCCAAUUGUUGUUGGUUUGGAGAAGAGGGUCUAUAUCAUUGGCAAGCUAUUCAGCCACACCGAGAGCAACAGGACGACUCGUGGGUUUUUGGUCUGGAGGACCAAUUCUUUCCGCUCUCUCCGCCGGAAGCAGAGCCGGCGGAAGCAGAGCCGGUAAAGGAUGCAAGUGCCAUUGAAGGGUUGACGGAUGAAUUUUUGCAGUUUCUGGAAAAGCGGUUAGCCGAAGUUGGUGAGGAGAAGGAAGACGACACAGUUAUUCCAGAUUUGCCCGUUAUCGAAACCCCUCCGAAACCGUCCAUUGAAGCCGCAAAACCUGUUCCACCUAUCCGGCGCAGGCGGCUUCAGCGUUCCGUUUCUCUCCAGGCGGUUAAAGUUACCCCUCCGCCGUUAUUCCAUGGCCGGCAAGUCGUAGAAUUUCCGGGUGUCCGUCAAGAUGUCGAGAAUGGACAGGAGUUCAACAAAACCCGUACGAUUAGUCGUGGCGGCAGUAUCGCCAGUGAUUUAAUUCAACGGGUGAAAAGGUGGGCCGCCGUCACUUCGACAUUCCGGCGAGCCUUUCGGAAAGGUAGCCCACAUCGGGCUCCCGUUCAAACGUCCUUUACCUCCGUCCCGACAACCUGGGAUGACGGAAAAGACGGGCUCAAAUUCUACACGGACCCGGAUUACUUCUUUGACUUGUGGCGGCAGGAGAUGCUCAAAGACACGGAGCGCAUCCUCAACGACAAGGGACGCAAGUAUGCGGAUGGCACUCCGUCCGAGCCGCAUCGAGGCAGAAACGAUGGCGGUGGUGGCGGAGGCGGAAGCAGCGGAGGCGGUCGCCACAAGAAACGGGUUCGGCAACCACAUAACACCAGAGAAAAACACCGUGAACUGGCAAUCAACAAGGGCGAGUAUAUCAGUCCACAGAACGUGUUGUACCAAUCGCCUCAGGCAUUGUAUUUGGAGGAUGGAACCAUGCUACCGGAUCCGAGUUCAACGUCACGGCCACCGCGUCCGAACAGUAUUGAGGUGAAACGUAAUUACCCCAGCGAAGAGGCCAUCUACGCAUCCAGGAACUCGCGCAACCCGCAAGACAAUGUGUACAGACCUGGCGGAAUUUCUCUGCCACCUCCGCCUUACGACGAUGGCUAUCCGCAGUACCCGCCUCCGCCUUACACUGCCGACUCGUUGCUGCAGCUUCAGCAGCAACAGCAAAUGCAUCAUCAGGCACAAUAUCAUCAGCACGCAGCUGCCGCUGCAUCCAGUCAUUACGGCCCUGGGAUGAUGAAUCACCACAACCGGACGUUACAGCGGACCACAUCAGGGCGGCCUACGCAGCCUCCACCAGCCCCGCCCGGGCAAGUGAAUCAUUCGCCCAACACUCAACAUAGUGGAUCGAACACCACCAGAAAUCGUAUAAGUCAUCAGACGUCGAUGAUUGGAACUAUGGGUAGGGAAUCACUUCCACCGCCGCCUCCACCACCGUCGGAGACCUACACCAGCACGGAAAGAAUAUCUCAACUGCCCAAUCCACCGUACAUCUCGUCCGUCGUGGUCAAUUCGGGCCCAUCGUCAAGCAUGCCUCCUCCGCCACCUCCAUUACCACCUUCCACUAUGUUAAUGCCACCGCGCGAAAGCCGCGAAAGUUCUUCCGAGUCAGAUUUGCCGCUCCCACCGCCUCCACCACUUCCUGAAACGGCCCCGCCCGAUAUGCGAAUGGCGCCACCACCUCCACCGCCACCUCCACCAAUGCCACUUAGCAGUCCGCCGCGUGACAAUGGUCACGUAAUGGCUAAUGGCGAUGUUGGCAAGUUGUUGAGCAAUUCGCCGCCGAAAGUUUCACCUGGAAGAGGAGUGGAUGAAGCGAUUCAGUCAUCGCCCGUGUUGUUACAACCGGCUAAGUUGACCCCACGCGGUCCACCUAUUCCUCUUCCAGCGCUCGAUGGACGCAGUGACCUUCUUAAGGCCAUAAGAGAUGGUAUAUCAUUACGUAAAGUAGAGAAAGGUCAACAACGUGAAGGAGAAAAGGGCCGAAUGGAUGCACUUCACGAUGUCGCCUCCAUUCUAGCUCGUCGAGUGGCUAUGGAGAUUUCGGAUUCUGAAUCGGGUUCUGAUUCGGGUUCUGGAUCAGAUUGGGACGAUGAAACGAGUGCUUGAUUUCAUACCUACGGUGCUCCAUGUUGGUGCAGUAAACCUCCAUUUGCGUCUUAAUGGAUAAUUGGGUGGAACGUAAAUUUCCACAACGGAUAAGUAAUAAUAAUAAAAAAGACCGCCAGGGAGCAGGUGAUCUUUAGAUUCACCAGUUGUACCAAACCAGCAAAUUUAGACGAUGAUUUGUCAGUUUCGUUGUCGAACCCAAGUCCCAUUGCCUCCCAGCAUAAAUUCCAAAUCUCCUAAAUGGCACAAAAACAAUCGCAUUUCCUUGAUGAAUACACACACACUUUCAGCAGUGUUAGUCACUUGUUUUCCCUACCUUCUCGCCUAUUUCCUCCUAAUAAAGUAAACAAAACACACACAAAAAAAAAAAAAAAAAAGACAAUACCCAUUUAAAACAUAUUUGUACAGUUGAAAAAAUGUUUUUUUCUUUCGUCAGCCAGGAGCUGGGCUUUCGUCUGUUUCUGCUUUCAUUUCAUACCUUUCAUGUACUUCCUGUCGGCGUGCAAGUUCACUCUUCUUUUAUUACCUGAUUGAACCUGUUCGCAUCGAAUCUUGCCCUCUUCCCAUUAAUAAUUAGCAUAUGUAGCUUCGAUACCCCCUGUUGUUUUGCCGCUCUUCUUUUCCAUGUCUGUUCAAUUUACUCAUAUCUAAACCUUUAAACUAAUUUAGAUGCGAAAACUCGCCCCACAAAUGAGUGUAUAGCAGUGAUGAUUUAGGAAUAAACUACAAGACCAUUUUCGGUUA